CAGUGUAAGCCAAAAGCCUCUUUUUAAAAAGCAGCUCUCAGAUUUCUCAAUUUGAGUUUAAUACUCUGGGUAACUGAGACUUGGGAAAUCAAAUUGCUGGCACAGCGUUAAGGCUCACAAGGGACAAAUGUUCCUUUGUUCCCGUCGAUUUGCCGAAUGUGAGUUGGCUCCUGGGGCAGCACAGAUGCCUCACAGGCGGUCAAGUGCGACACAUUUGGUUUGACCGAAUCAGUGUCUUCACAGCCCUUCAUGCGGUUGUUCUCUGGGAUGAACAAUCAAUACACCCGUCGGGAGGUCUUCUGCCGGAACACCUGCCAUGAUCUCAAACGUUUCUGGGAAAGGGAAAUUGGUAAACAGACUUACUACCGAGAAUCGGAAGAACAUCGUCUGGGAAGAAGCGCACUGAGAAAGCUCAGAGAAGAAUGGAAGCAGAAGCUGGAAACUAAGCUGAGGCUGCGGAACAAUCCAGAGGACACUGAAAAGCGGACAAAUGUUGGCUGAGAGCUUCCUGCUUCAGUGACACAAGAAGAUGCAAAACACUGAGGUCACUUUGCUAGGAGAAGUCAAUGCAAAUCCCUGAGUCCCUUUGCUAUACCUGUCAGCCCUCACACUAUUGUUUCCCUACCUCAGAGAGGAUUUACCUGUAAAUGCUUUCCCAGUGCUUGAUGGCAGUUAUUGGUCAAGUCAGUCCUCUCCAGUGCAUGGGCGCCAGGUUAUUAUCCCAAAUGUCUCUAAAGAUAGCUUAUUUAAUAUCGAAGCUCCAUGCAGCACUCCUUGCUUCUAUAUAAUUAUCUUCUAAUUUUGAAAUCCAAAUAUUUUAAACUCUAAACACACCAAGAGGAAUCCUCAACCUUCAUGGUCAAACUUUAAACAUUGCACAGUGGUAAUGCCCCACCAUUUCACCUAGGAAACACAGCUUUAUGGAAUUCUUGUUUUCUUUUUAUAAGAAGAGAAAUGCACCUAUCUGCAGAAAUUAAAAAAAUUAUCAAUAGUCAAAGUAUAGUUUGAAAAUAAAUUAAUCUAAUAUUCUUUUUUCUUCAUAUAAACUUAAUUGGCUUUUUCAAAAAUAUGUUUACCAAGAAUAAUAUCAGAAUAAUUUUAAUAAAGCUUGGUUAUCCUGUCAUCA